GCGACGGGAGCCGCCCCGCCUUUUCCGGCCUCGCAUGGCGCCGUCUCUUCCGCUGCGGGGAGUAAUAUGGGGACAAUACAUCUGUUCCGUAAAUCACAGAGAUCAUUGGUUGGAAAGUUAACACAUGAAUUUAGGUUGGUUGUAGCAGAUAGAAGGUCCUGGAAGAUUUUGCUGUUUGGUGCUAUAAAUUUAAUAUGUAUUGGCUUCCUGCUCAUGUGGUGCAGCUCUACAAACAGCAUAGCUUUAACUGCUUACACAUAUUUGACAAUCUUUGACCUUUUCAGUUUGAUAACAUGUCUAAUAAGCUACUGGGUGAUGAUGAAGAAACCCAGCCCAGUCUAUUCAUUUGGAUUUGAAAGGUUUGAAGUUCUAGCCGUAUUUGCAUCUACAGUUCUGGCACAGCUUGGUGCUCUUUUUAUACUGAAAGAAAGUGCAGAGCGGUUUCUGGAACAGCCUGAGAUACACACGGGACGACUGCUGGUUGGUACUUUCGUGGCCCUCUUUUUCAACCUAUUUACAAUGCUUUCCAUUAGGAAUAAGCCUUUUGCUUAUGUCUCUGAAGCUGCCAGCACAAGCUGGCUUCAGGAGCAUGUAGCAGAUCUAAGUAGAAGUAUUUGUGGAAUCAUCCCAGGAUUAAGUAGCAUCUUUCUGCCACGGAUGAACCCUUUUGUCUUGAUUGAUAUUGCUGGAGCUCUAGCUCUUUGCAUUACAUAUAUGCUCAUCGAAAUCAACAAUUAUUUUGCUGUAGACACAGCCUCUGCUAUAGCAAUCGCUUUGAUGACAUUUGGUACCAUGUAUCCCAUGAGUGUCUACAGUGGGAAAGUACUACUCCAGACAACCCCACCUCAUGUGAUUGGCCAGUUGGAUAAACUUCUUAGAGAGGUUUCAACUUUGGAUGGUGUGCUGGAAGUUCGAAAUGAGCAUUUUUGGACAUUAGGUUUUGGCACUUUGAUUUUCAAAGAUGACUGGAUCAGACCUACCUUAUCAUCUGUGCCUAUUGCAAACAAUAUUCUGAACCUUUCGGAUCAUCAUGUUAUUCCAAUGCCAUCUUUGAAAGCUGUUGAUAAUUUGAACCCUGUUACAUCCACUCCAGCUAAACCCAGCAGCCCACCGCCAGAAUUUUCUUUUAACACGCCAGGCAAAAAUGUGAGUCCAGUCAUCCUUUUAAACACUCAGACAAAGCCCUAUGGAUUGGGCUUUAAUCAUGGAUCGACACCCUACAGCAGUGUACUCAAUCAAGGACUUGGAAUACCGGGGAUGGGAGCAGCUCAAGGAUUCAGGACUGGUUUUACAAAUGUCCCAAGCAGAUAUGGAACAAAUGCUCGUGGUCAGCCCCGACCAUAAUAAACACCAUUAUUUAUUGUACUUAAGGGUAUUGACUUAAUUCUUUUAUUACCCAAUUUUUAUAAGCAUUUGGAAUGUCAGAUCAUUCUAAAUGGCUGGGAACAAGUGCAUUGUUCAUAUUCAUGAAAUGGUUAAAUUGCAACUUUUUUCUUUGCAUCAGCCUGUGUAAUGCCACAGAUAUUUUUCAGACUUAUGAUACUUUACAAGUAGUUUUUAUAGAGUGUCUCUUUCUACUCAUCUUUUUAUCCACUUUUCUUCAUUCGUCCAAGAAUGUAUUGAGACAUAGCACAACUCCAUAAGAGAGUAGAAUUGUGACCAGGUAGCAUUUUUUUUCUAAUGCAAAUUGCUUACAGAAAUACAAGUCCCAAUUUUCAGAGAUGUUUUGAUUGCUUUAUUAAGCCAUCUUUUGGCAAAGUCACAAUUAGUUUUUGGUUGCAGAAAUCCAUCAGUAUUUGUAUUGUGGCCAUUGUGAAGACAAUCUGGCAUUUCAGAUUGUAAUUAAUUUUGUGAGACCAUGUUUUUACAUUUUUAUUGAUGCCUUUAUAGAAAUUCAGAUGGUUCAGCAACCAUUUUCUAGUUGUAAGUAUUUCAUAUUCAUCUCUGAUAUUUCUUCCUUUUUGGUUUAACUGCAAAAUUAUCUAGCAAUAUACUGGGAAAUAAAAUAUUUAAAACCUAAAAGAUUUUACAAGCACCUCUUUUUUACAAUUAACCCUAUUUAGGAUACAGAGCAGAUGACUGUAUUGUUUCUGAAGCCAGUAUUUAAUUUUUGACUAUGGAAAGUAUUCUGUGAUUUGAUUGUGACUUUGUAUUUUUCUUCUUUGUAUUUUUCCUGUAGUUUCAGGGGGAGAAUAUAUAUAUUCCUGGUUUAUAUCCAGAGUGCAGAUUGGUGAUCGCUGACAGUUCUUAGUCACUGCUGGAGUGCUUGACCUUUGGGGCACACUUGGAACAAGACCACUUACCUUGUCUCUGCUUUUGCAUUACUGUUCUGCUGUACAUCUAGAUGGCCAUAUUUCUUCAGGGCCUUUCUCAGAUAGCUCUUUCCUCUGACUGUUUUCUUUUUCUUCACUGCUCUGACAACAAACAAAGAAAGGCCUUUUAGAAAUACUUCAAUUUUUUCUGUUCUCCUGUGUGGUAUCUGUCUUAUAAUUGCUCCUCUGCACAUUCUUCUGCAUCUCUUGGCUGUUGAGGAAUGGGUUGCCCAUUCCUGUUGUUUCACUUGCAACUCAGGGUGCUAUAUAUUGGCUUACACCUUGUUCAUUUGUAUACUAAGUGGUCUCUCCAUUUGUCUGAGGUGGUUACAUGGAGCUGUAGUAUCUCAGGGAUUCCAAAGAUAUUAUGUUACCUGAAGAUAAUGGCUUUGAUAAAGAAAUCGUUCUCUUGUACAACUGAGUGGAGAAAACAGUCUUCAUUUGAAUUUUAAAGAUCUCUGGCCUCUUCACACUGGCUGAGGAUUUCUUUUUCUGCAUAAGAACACUGCAUUCCUCUUUUUUUUUUUCCCUCCCUCUCCAUUACCUGUGUUUCUCCAGCCAGUGCAUGGAGAAGGGUGUCAUUCCUGCAAACUCGUGUAAAAGCAAGGUGACAUUCUGCAUUAUGGUAUCUUGUGGGGAUAUUUUAGACUGGGAGUAAUAUCCAGGCUGCUACUGGGAUACAAUCCAUGUAAGUUACAAGUAGGGAAUCUAGUUCUGUACUUCAUUUGCAGCGAGAAUGACAAUUUCAUUGCUGUUUUAGAAAAUGUAAAGACCUGGAAAACUUGCAUUUAAAGAUUACAAUGAACUUAUAAAGAUUGGCUCUGUUUUCAAGAGGUCAGUAUUAACUCAGUAAUCACCUCUGUUUCGUUACCCUGUCUUUCUGUGUGAUCUAUUACACAUGCCAUUGCUGCAUGGAAAUUCCUGAAGUACAGAACACUUGAACAGAUUCUCUGUACCUCUUGGGUGCUGAACUAGACUGCACUUUCUACAGCACCUGCAACACCUUAGAGCCAGCAGAAUGUUUACAAUAUACUACUUUUGUGUGGCCUAUUUGAGAAUUGUUCCUUACUCCAGUUUCAUAACCAAACACGCGCCCUUUUUCUGACAUUUUCAAUACAUUGUAUUAUAUUGAUUGCAUGCCUACUUGUUUUUAGUAGAAAAUUAAAGCUCCAUUUUAUGAAGCUGAUCUUUUAUUUAAAAUCAGACGGGAGGACGAGAAUCCCAGAAUUCUGAGUGCAAUAUAAUCACUUUAACAAAAAUAUUUUUCAGAGUGAUUGUUUACAGUAUAUAUCACAUGUGCAGAUGAUAAAGAUUCUUUUAGAGAUUAGAAUAGCUUUUUAGCUGUGUUAUUGUUGUGAAUAUAUUAAGAAUAUUUGUUAAAUCAGCACAGAGUAAAAUGUCUCCUUUUAUAUGAGGAAAAUAAAAUCAGUGUAAUUCUUAAA